AUGUCUCAGCAGGCUUCCUGCAUCCUUCUCAAGUUCCUGGGUCUGCUUGGGCUGGUUGGUGCAGUCACCAGAACAUACUACAUUGGGAUUGUGGAAGAGUACUGGAACUAUGUGCCUCAGGGGAAGGACGUUAUUACUGGGAAGAGCUUCUCAGAAGACAAACUUGCAACCUUAUUUCUUGAACGCGGGCCCAACCGGAUAGGCGGCAUCUACAAGAAGGCGGUUUACAGACACUUCACAGAUGGCAGCUACUCCACGGAGAUCCCCAAGCCCCCCUGGCUCGGGUUCCUGGGCCCCAUCCUGAGGGCAGAAGUGGGCGACGUGAUCGUUAUCCACCUGAAGAACUUCGCUUCCAGACCUUUCUCGUUGCACCCGCAUGGCGUCUUCUACAACAAGGAUUCCGAAGGAGCUUUAUACCCAGAUGGGACAUCUGGGAAGAACAAGGAUGAUGAUAUGGUCCCCCCUGGCCAAAACUACACCUAUGUCUGGCCCGUGAGAGAAGAGUAUGCACCCGCCCCAGCAGACGCCAACUGCCUGACCUGGGUGUACCACUCACACAUUGAUGCCCCUAAGGAUAUCUGCUCUGGGCUAAUUGGGCCCCUGCUGGUGUGUAAGCAAGGUGUAUUGAACAGAUACUCAGGGAUGAGGACCGAUGUGGACCGAGAGUUCGUUAUCAUGUUCACUCUCGUGGAUGAGAACCAGAGCUGGUACUUGGAUGAAAACAUCCGGCAUUUCUGCACUGCCCCGAACUCUGUUGACAAGAGUGAUGCUGUCUUCCAGAGGAGCAAUAAGAUGCAUGCCCUCAAUGGAUUCCUUUUCGGAAACUUCCCCGAGCCCGAGAUGUGUGUUGGUGAAUCUGUGUCCUGGCACCUGUUUGGGAUGGGGAAUGAGAUAGACAUCCAUUCCAUCUAUUUUUAUGGUAACACCUUCAUCACCAGAGGGCACCGGGCGGAUGUUGUCAACCUGUUCCCAGCCACCUUCCUCACAAUGGAGAUGAUAGUGGAGAACCCAGGAAAGUGGAUGAUAACCUGCCAAGUCAGCGACCAUCUGCAAGCUGGUAUGCUGGGGCAGUACAGCGUGGGUAACUGCAGAGGCAGUGCCCCUCACCCGAAGAUGCGGGGCCAACAGAGGCACUACUUCAUAGCAGCCGAGAAAGUCCUCUGGGACUACGGCCCCCAAGGCUACGACAGGUUCACAGGACUUCCCCUGAAUGCAUCUGGCAGCGACUCUUCAGCGUACUUCACACAAGCGGAAAACAGAAUAGGAGGGAGAUACUGGAAGGCUCGGUACAUGGAAUAUGUUGACGCCACUUUCAGCAGAAGGAAGGUGCCCUCCGACACUGAAGCCCAUCUUGGAAUCCUUGGUCCAGUCAUCAAGGCAGAGGUGGGUGAUACCUUACUUGUGACCUUUGCCAACAAAGCUGACAAGGUCUACAGCAUUUUACCUCAUGGUGUGUUCUAUGACAAGGCAUCCGAUGCAGCUCCAAAUAUAGACGGAUUUCUGAAACCAGGGGCUCACGUCAAGCCAGGCGAAACCUUCACCUACAGGUGGACCGUGCCCGAGAGCGUCAGCCCGACGGACGAAGAUCCCCCCUGCCUGACCUAUCUUUACUUCUCAGCAGUGCAGCCAAUUAAGGACACUAGUGCUGGGCUCGUAGGGCCUUUGUUGGUCUGUAAAAAGGGCUCCCUCAAUCCUGAUGGGACACAGAAAGGAAUAGACAAGGAAUUUUACCUACUGUUCACGGUCUUUGAUGAGAACCUCAGCCGGUAUCUUGAUGAAAACAUCCAGAAGUUUGCUUUGUACCCCUUCAGUGUUGACAAAGAAGACAAGGAGUUCAUUAAGUCCAACCAGAUGCACGCUGUCAAUGGCUACAUGUAUGGCAGCCAGCCAGGCCUAAGCAUGUGCAAGAAGGACAGGGUUUCCUGGCACUUGAUUGGAAUGGGCACGGACACAGACAUGCAUGGAGUUUAUUUUCAAGGCAACACCAUCCACCUACGAGGGACUCACCGUGACUCCCUGGCUCUGUUCCCCCACAUGGCCACAACGGCGUUCAUGCAGCCAGACCAUGCAGGUAUUUUCAAGGUGUUCUGUUCCACCUUGCACCACUUCGUCAGAGGCAUGGGUCAGAUCUAUGAGGUCAGCAGCUGUGGCAACAGGGACCCUUCUGAGCCGCCCUACGGGAUGCUAAGAACCUUUUUCAUCGCCGCUGAAGAGGUAGAAUGGGAUUAUGCCCCUAACAAAAACUGGGAGUUCGAAAAGCAGCACUUGGACGCAGGAGGGGAAAGGCACGGGGACAUAUUUAUGAACCACACUGAAAACUGGAUUGGCUCUCAGUACAAGAAGGUUGUUUAUAGGGAAUACACAAAUGGAGAGUUUGUGGAGAUCAAAGCCAGGCCGCCAAGAGAGGAGCACCUGCAACUCUUGGGUCCAAUGAUCCAUGCUGAGGUGGGGGACUCCAUCCUCAUCAUCUUUAAGAACAAAGCCAGCCGGCCCUAUUCCAUCACAGCCCAGGGUGUGGAGGACUCGGACAGUGGGAAGCGUUUGGAAGUGCCUGUCACAAAGCCAGGAGAAAUAAAAACGUACAGAUGGAAUGUCCCCAAGAGAUCAGGUCCUGGGCCCUCUGAUCCUAAUUGUAUCCCAUGGGUGUACUAUUCAACAGCAAACUUUGUGAAGGAUACGUACAGCGGUUUGAUGGGGCCUCUGAUCACAUGCAGAGAAGGGGUGCUGAACGAAAACGGGAGGAGGAGCGACGUCGACUAUGAAUUCGCUCUGCUAUUCCUGGUCUUUAAUGAGAAUGAGUCCUGGUAUCUGGACGACAAUAUUAAGAAGUAUCUCAACAAAGAUCCCCGGGACUUCAGGCGCACCGACGAUUUUGAAGAGAGCAACAAGAUGCAUGCCAUUAAUGGAAAGAUAUUUGGAAACCUCCCUGGCCUCAUAAUGACUGAAGACACAAUGACUAACUGGUAUUUGCUGGGACUAGGAAGCGAAGUGGACAUCCACACCAUCCAUUACCAUGCAGAGAGCUUUCUGUUCAAAAUAGAUAAGUCCUACCGAGAAGAUGUGUAUGAUCUCUUUCCCGGGACGUUUCAAACCAUUGAGCUGUUUGCUGACCACCCAGGGACGUGGCUCCUACAUUGCCACGUGUCUGACCACAUUCAUGCGGGCAUGGAGACCACCUACACUGUCCUCAGGAACAUAGACAACAGGGUUCCAUAUUCCACCAAGUCCCCCUCUGGAGCAGGAUCACAUGCAUCCACAGUGCCUUCCUCCAAAGAACAACCUGGCAACGAAAAUCUCUAUUUCUUUGGCAAGAAUCUGAGCCCAAGAGGAGCCAAGGCAGCCCUGGUCAUCCUUUUCAUCCUGGGACUCCUCCUCCUGGUUAUCACGGUGAUCCUCUCCCUCAGACUCCAUUCUGCAAGGAGGCAGGUGGCUUACAGGGAAGUCCAGUCCUGUGCCCUCCCGACAGAUGCUCUGUGAAUGCUCUGGCCUUCCUCAGCAGGACAGGUCGGGUUCCGUGGCUGGCCACACAGUGGCUAACAGGGACACUGGACCAAUGCAUUGUUCACCAAGGAACUUUGACCCUGGAUCCCAGGUCAGGCUUCCUAGCCUCUGGAAUGUCAUCCGAAGCAAUGUGCUUUUAUUUAUUUAUUUUUUAACUGGCUGUGAAUGAUUCUCAGGUAUAAAAUAACAUGAAAGAGCAGA